AUGAUAAUAUGUCAACUAUUCGGCUCGCUUACUGAGACAUGUUUUUUCUUCUGGGAAUGGACGGAACAGGAUGUACAUCAUGAAAACCCGGCUACGACACUGCAACUAAAACCCUUCACAGGCUGUAUGAGGAUUAGUUGCCCGGCCGGACGUGCCCUCCUUCUGGUUACAACGCAUUCUUGCUCCGCUCUUUCCAAGAGAAUUUCUGUCUGCUUAAUUAUAGAUACACUUUUUGCUUGCUCCAGGUACACAAGGACAAGGACCGGCUGA